UAGGACCCGGCGUGGCGCGGCCGACGGGGGAAGGGUCGCGGAGGUCGGGAGCGCGCCCGCCCGUGAACUCCGAGCCGUGGCGCCGUCGGUGUUGUCGGGAGCGAGCGGGCCCGGGAGCGGCGCGGGUAAUAGAGGAGGAGCCGGGGGCUGGUGCUGGGGAUGGAACCUAGGACCACAUGCUAGGCUCUUUAACCAUGGCACAAGUAGAAAAACGGGGAGGUUUGCUCCGGAAAUCUUCAGCCUCCAAAAAACCACUAAAGGAAAAAGUGGUACUGAUGUAUGAUGAGAUCUUCAUGACAGAGGAUCCAAGUAAGUGCAGUCCUCGUUUUUGGGAGGAACUCUUUCUCAUGAAGGUGAAUUUAGAUUAUCUAGAAGGCAAGCUGGAAUCACUUGAUGGUGAGGAAUUAAUGAAGAUCAAGGAUAAUAUAAAUAGUUUGUUUCAACACUGCAUCCAGGCUUUGGGAGAGGAGCAUCCAAUUCGAGUUGUCAAUGCAUUGCAGACAUUGUGUGCACUUAUUCGAGGAGUUCACCAAAAGAAUAAAUCUACUUCUGGGUUUGACAUUAUCAACAUGCUGAUGGGCUUUGACAAGGCAGAGCUGUGCAUGAAGAACUUGAUGGAGAGUUUGGAUUCAUUGCUUUGUGCAGAAGGUUCUGAAAGUCUGAAGAGCUUAUGUCUGAAACUUCUUCUUUGUUUAGUGACGGUUACAGACAACAUUAGCCAGAACACUAUCCUGGAAUAUGUAAUGAUCAACAGCAUUUUUGAAGCAAUUUUACAGAUACUUUCCCAUCCCCCAAGUCGCAGGGAGCAUGGAUAUGAUGCUGUUGUCCUCUUGGCUUUGCUGGUAAACUACAGAAAGUAUGAGUCUGUGAAUCCUUAUAUUGUGAAGCUGUCUAUCGUGGAUGAUGAGGCUACACUCAAUGGAAUGGGGCUUGUGAUUGCUCAAGCUUUGUCUGAAUACAACAGGCAGUAUAAAGACAAAGAAGAAGAACACCAGAGUGGUUUUUUCUCUGCUUUAACAAAUAUGGUGGGCAGCAUGUUCAUAGCGGAUGCCCAUGAGAAAAUUUCAGUACAAACCAAUGAGGCCAUUCUUCUGGCACUUUAUGAAGCUGUUCAUUUAAAUCGCAACUUCAUCACAGUAUUAGCUCAGAGUCAUCCAGAAAUAGGGUUGGUGACAACCCCUGUCAGUCCCACUCCAACUACCCCAGUAACACCACUUGGGACCACACCACCUUCCUCUGAUGUUAUAAGUUCUGUGGAACUCCCACUGGAUGCAGAUGUACAGACCAGUAAUCUACUGAUAACCUUCUUAAAGUAUAGCUCAAUUGUCAUGCAGGACACUAAAGAUGAACACAGGCUUCACAGUGGCAAGCUCUGUCUGAUUAUCCUUACAUGUAUUGCAGAGGAUCAGUAUGCCAAUGCAUUUUUACAUGAUGACAACAUGAAUUUUCGAGUAAACUUACAUAGAAUGCCUAUGAGACACAGGAAGAAGGCAGCAGACAAGAACCUUCCCUGCCGUCCUUUAGUGUGUGCAGUACUGGACCUGAUGGUAGAGUUUAUUGUAACACACAUGAUGAAAGAGUUUCCUAUGGAUCUCUAUGUACGCUGUAUUCAGGUAGUACAUAAACUGCUUUGUUACCAGAAGAAGUGUAGAGUUCGCCUGCAUUACACCUGGCGGGAGCUCUGGUCAGCCUUGAUAAAUUUGCUGAAGUUCCUUAUGUCAAAUGAAACUGUACUUUUGGCCAAACACAACAUUUUUACAUUAGCCCUUAUGAUUGUGAAUCUCUUUAAUAUGUUUAUCACAUAUGGAGACACAUUCCUGCCAACUCCCAGCAGCUAUGAUGAACUUUACUAUGAGAUUAUCCGCAUGCACCAGAGCUUUGACAACCUCUACUCUAUGGUUCUUAGGCUUUCUACCAAUGCAGGCCAGUGGAAGGAGGCAGCUAGCAAGGUGACCCACGCCUUGGUUAAUAUCAGAGCCAUCAUCAACCACUUUAAUCCCAAAAUUGAGUCCUAUGCUGCUGUGAAUCAUAUAUCUCAACUGUCAGAGGAGCAGGUGCUAGAGGUAGUACGAGCCAACUAUGAUACACUCACACUGAAGCUGCAGGACGGCCUGGACCAGUAUGAGCGCUACUCUGAGCAGCACAAGGAAGCUGCUUUCUUCAAAGAGCUGGUUCGAUCCAUUAGCACCAAUGUCCGGAGGAACCUUGCCUUCCACACACUCAGCCAAGAGGUCCUGCUAAAAGAGUUCUCCACCAUCUCCUGAGACCACACUCACCUGAGCCACUGACAGCCCUUACCUAUGAGGCUCCUGGACUGGAAGGGGCAUGGGGGCUACCUCUGUGGUUGGAGACAGCACAGAUACCCAGUCUCUUGGUGAAGGCUCCACUUCAGUGGAGCUUGGACAACAGGAGCAAGCCAAGGAUGAUUUUAUUUGGGGAGAAAUGGGUGGGCAAAGGGAGAGGUGUCCAAGAAUGUGAGACUUCCAGGCUAGGCACCCUGGAUACCUCACAUUUCCACUUGAGAUUACAAGUUUUGGCUUCUGACUUAAUUUUCAGGAGCUGGCAGGGCAAGCCUCAGGUUUUGCCAACACCUUGAAGGCCAAUGGCUUUUCUCGGCCUCUGAAAACAGAUGAACUCUCAUAUAUAGCUGAGCCACAUCUUGCAUCCUCUGGACCUAGGGCUGAGCUAGGCUUGAAAUCUGUGUCCCCUGUGCCCUCCCUCCCCCCCCACACACAUAUGCUCUCUAUCCUGUCAUUAGCACCCUUAGCCUAGGGUAGGGUUGGAAUGGGGCACCUUUUUUUUUCUGUUUUCUAAACUUAAAGUUGACUCCUCCAAGAAGUUGGAAAUUGGAGUCUGUCUGGUGCUCUUGCUGUCCAUCACUUUGUGGAUUUUCUUUUUGGCACCAAGACUGUCACUCUUUGCUUAUCAGCACAACAGGCUCACAACUUAGCCUUUCAUUUUUAGUUUGUUUUAAGCUGUCUUAAGGUAUAGGUGAAAUAAACAUUGACAGCUUUUUUCUGGAGCCCUCAAGGUGCCUAUUUUGCUGGUUCCCUUUCCAGCAACCUCCCCACCUUCCAAACCACCUCCUCCACUGGGAGCCUCCACUAAGCCCCCCUCCACUGUUCUACCCUCUUAACCCUGCUUUUGUUUACAUCAGCCUGCCUAAGAAUUUCCUCUGGGGAGAAACGUGUUCCUGCUGUUGUCUGGUGCCUGGAGAGAAAAAAACCUGCUGGGGGGCAGGGUCUCCUCUAUCUGAAAGAAGCCAAAUGAGUACCAUACAAAGGGCCUCUAUCUUGUCCUACCCAUAUUCUGGGUAGGGCCUCAGGCAAAUCUGACUUUGGGAAGUUGGUCUGCCGUUUUCCCUUUGGAUAGCUUCCAUGGGACCACUAUAGCUUUUCCUUCCCCAUAGCUACCCCCAAAUAGCUGCUGCUCUAAGAUCCUCCCUUUCUAAAGCACUCUCUAAAGCCCCUUGGAUGGCAGGAUGGCAGGGAGAAAGCAGCCCAGAAAAAAUCUGAGCAAGUCUAACAGUGAGAGUAGGUCUAGGAUCUCUCAAGUUGGUAUCCAUUUAGCCUGAAUCUCUUUUAUAUACUUGCCCUCCCUUGGAACCAGACUUCUGGUUGAGCAGAAAUAAACUAGUUUUAGAGAACCCACCAACAGACUGCCAUGAAUUGAUGUAGAUUCUUAGGCAAUCACAUAGGCAGGGUCAUCUCUGAUCACUGAUCACUAGAUGGAUAGCUUAGCCUAAGGAAUUUAAAUGUGUUUUCCUCCGUGAUAAAGUCAAGAGCAGUUGGAUUUGGAACUUGAGGCAAAUCAAAAUGAUUAAAAAAUUGAUUUGUGUGAAAGUC